AUGAAUAAUACUGUUUAUGAAAUUGUUUCUUCUAAUCGUGAUCAAGACAAAAUUAAUAUUCAUGGUUUUGUUAUGUGUAAAAAUAAAAAUUGUGACAAUUCUUAUUACUGGCGUUGUGAAAAAUGUGAUGCAUUACAAUGUAAAGGCCGAGCAGUUACCACGUUGGUUGAAGGACAACAUCAUCUCCAAAAAGUUACAGAUCAUAAUCAUGCUGCGGAGGCAAGCCAAGUCAAUGUUAUAAGAACUGUUAAUACUUUAAAAGAGAGAGGAAAAGAGACCAAUGAACCACCUGCACAAAUUAUUCAAACCACAACUGCUAGUAUCUCUUACGAAGCGCAUCCAUACCUUCCAUCUUGUGAUGCACUUUGUCAAACAGUUAAUCGAAUUAGGAGCUCUGAUCUUCCUGUAGAACCAGAAUCUUUAAAUGAACUUAUU